CUUUUUGUUUUUUCCCCUAAUGUGGUCGGUUUCUCUUUUCCUUUCCCCAACCCAGGCACUUUCCUGACUAGGGUUCUUUCUUCUCUUUAGCAAACUGGAUUUUAGUAAAUAAGAACAACAUCCAAACGCACCGAAACCCAGCGUCUUGCUUCCCGUCCAACCUGCGAAAACACUGGCCGCCCGUGGAGCUGAAAAUGGCGACUAGCUUGGCCAACAGAGCCUCUUCCUCAAAUCAAACCCUAAAUUUCUUGCGCUACUCUUUCAAUUUGCUAAGAAACUUCAGCACUUCAUCGAAUUCGGCUCCGUCUUCGGCUCAAACCCCAUCUGCCACUUCCACCCCUUCCAAGAAAUCGAAGCGACGUAAGAAGAAAAACCUAUUCGAGGUCGCUCAAUUUUUGCCCAAUUGGGGUCUCGGUUACCACUUGGCCAAAUCUCAUUGGACCAGUGUCUCUUAUGAGAUCACCAAGAUCAACCUAUACAAGGACGGUAGACAUGGCAAGGCAUGGGGGAUUGCCUACAAAGACGGAUUACCAGUCGCAGCUGCCAAGAAGAUUAGCGGAGUUCAUAAACGUUGCUGGAAAUAUCUACCAGGCUUAAAAAAUUUGAAUCAAACCUUGGUAGACUCCCCAAGUCUGACAACGACGGAAGCUGCUGCGCAGGGUGAAGUUCAAUCUGCCUGAUGCCAUUUUCUAUCUUCCUGGAAGUAGUAAGCACGAGGGGCAUUUGAUCCUAUGUCAUUCUUGAAUUGGCACUCUGUUAUUAGGAGGUCCAAGGGUUUCACCUGUUUCUGUUUCUAUCUUUUGCUCAGAGGACUGGAUUUUCGCAGUUAGUAUGGAGUUAGGAUAUAAGUUUCAUUUUGGGUUGGAUGUACCGCUUCCUUUUCUCUGCCGCACCCAUGUUUGUUGAACUCAGAGCUGGUGAAAUGAAUGUGGUACGUGGCCGGCCGGGGGAGUUGAGCAGAAAGUUCCCAUAUAUGAUAUUACCCGUGGCUUGUCAAAUUAUACUGGAAAGAUUUACCAGUCUGAUUGGCGGUGAACAUCAUGAUUUGACAGCAUAUGCUACUCUGUGUCUCGUCUGUUCAUGUCGCUUAUUAUGGUCCUGGAAUUCUGUUUUGGCUGUCAUUCGACGAUGUUAACUAUGUUACUACGUACCUCCUCCAACAA